AUGAUCCGCGCGCGUCAGACAACAGCUGCCAUCCUGACAGAGCUCGAUCAGAUGAACCUGGCAGAGACGGGCAUUGACAGUCUGCCUGCAAGGUGCCCACCUCGUGUCCUGACGGAUGAUUGUCCCCUCGAGGACUGGGCCCUCUGCCCCUCACCACUGCAAUCGCGAACACUGUCUCUCCUGGAGUCUGCGUCGAUGGCAGAGGGGCCACCACCGGCGGAGCCCGAACCUCAAUCUCGUAAACUGCUUUUUUUUGUUUUGUUGUCGCUAACUCCUUGUUUGUUGUCCUCACACGUCUUACACUCGAUCAGGUGCGCCAGUGCCGUUCCAUUCAUAAAAUGCCUAACUGUUAGGUUCGCUAGCUUAGUGGAAGUCGGUCCAGUCGGACUGUCGCGAGCGACAAUAUCCAGCGUGUGCGUCCACGGCGUGGUGGAUGUAGGAGAGGUGAUUUGCGCGUGA